GUAUAAAAAUGCUUUGGGAGGUUCUUGGGUGGUUGUGAUACUAUUUUUGUGCUAUUUCUUGAUAGAAGCUCUCCGUGUUGGAAGUAGCACAUGGUUAAGUUUUUGGACUGAUCAAAGCAGUUCGACGAGAUAUAGUGCUGGCUUCUACAAUCUGAUUUAUUCACUUUUAUCUCUUGGUCAAGUUAUGGUAACUCUGACAAAUUCAUUUUGGUUGAUCACGUCAAGCCUUUAUGCUGCCAGGAGGUUGCAUGAUGCUAUGCUUAAUUCUAUUUUAAGAGCUCCAAUGGUCUUCUUUCACACAAAUCCACUGGGGAGGAUUAUCAAUAGGUUUGCCAAGGAUCUAGGGGACAUAGAUAGAACUGUUGCACCCUUUGUAAGCAUGUUCCUGGGCCAGGUGUUUCAGCUUAUCUCAACAUUUGUCCUGAUUGGUAUAGUGAGUACCAUGUCUUUAUGGGCAAUAAUGCCGUUGUUGGUCUUGUUUUAUGGAGCCUAUUUAUAUUAUCAGAGCACUGCUCGUGAGGUGAAGCGCUUGGAUUCCAUCUCCAGAUCUCCUGUCUAUGCACAAUUUGGUGAAGCGCUAAAUGGUCUUGCAACUAUUCGUGCAUAUAAAGCUUAUGAUCGAAUGGCCAACAUCAAUGGGAAGUCAGUGGAUAACAAUAUUAGGUUUACACUUGUGAACAUGGGCGGAAAUCGAUGGCUUGGGAUCCGUCUCGAGACUGUAGGGGGUCUUAUGAUUUGGCUUACGGCAACAUUUGCUGUGGUGCAGAAUGGAAGGGCAGAAAACCAACAGGCCUUUGCCUCAACAAUGGGUUUGCUUCUCAGUUACGCCCUAAAUAUCACAAGCUUGUUAACUGCUGUACUGAGACUUGCAAGUUUGGCUGAGAAUAGUUUAAAUGCUGUCGAGAGAGUUGGAACGUAUAUAGACUUACCAUCAGAAGGUCCCGCCAUAAUUGAGGGCAGCCGUCCUCCUCCUGGAUGGCCUUCAGCAGGAUCCAUUCGAUUUGAGAACGUUGUCUUACGUUACAGGCCCGAACUUCCUCCUGUUCUGCAUGGUAUAUCCUUCACAAUUCCUCCGAGUGACAAAGUCGGAGUAGUUGGCAGGACUGGAGCUGGAAAAUCUAGCAUGUUUAAUGCUUUAUUCCGACUUGUGGAACCUGAAAGAGGAAGGAUAUUAAUUGAUGAUUGCGAUGUUUCAAAGUUUGGACUGACAGAUCUUCGGAAGGUUCUUGGUAUUAUACCGCAAGCACCAGUUUUGUUCUCAGGGACCGUGAGAUUUAACCUUGAUCCAUUCCAUGAGCACAAUGAUGCUGACCUCUGGGAAUCUUUGGAAAGGGCGCACCUUAAGGAAGUUAUCAGGAGGAACUCUUUGGGUCUCGACGCCGAGGUGUCGGAAGCUGGAGAAAAUUUCAGUGUUGGACAAAGACAGCUUUUAAGUCUUGCUCGAGCAUUGCUUCGCCGGUCAAAGAUUCUUGUUCUUGAUGAAGCAACUGCUGCUGUUGAUGUCAGAACUGAUGCUCUUAUUCAAAAAACUAUACGUGAAGAAUUUAAGUCAUGCACCAUGCUCAUCAUUGCUCACCGUUUGAACACUAUCAUCGACUGUGACAGAAUUCUUCUGCUUGAUGCUGGUCAGGUACUGGAAUAUGAUACUCCAGAAGUAUUGUUACAAAAGGAAGAAACUGCUUUUUCUAGGAUGGUUCAGAGUACAGGAGCUGCAAAUGCUCAAUACUUACGAAGCUUAGUAUUAGGAGGGGAAGAGGGUAACAGUAUAGGGAGGGAUAAACAGCUAGAUGGGCAAAGGAGAUGGCUUGCCUCUUCACGUUGGACUGCUGCAGCACAGUUUGCACUAGCUGUUACCCUUACCUCAUCCCAAAAUGACCUUGUGCAGUUAGAAAUUGAGGAUGAGGAUAAUAUCCUGAAGAAAACAAAGAAUGCCGUAAUCACUCUGCAGGGAGUAUUAGAGGGUAAGCACGACAAAGAAAUCGAAGAUACCCUGGAUCAGUACCAGGUUUCCAGAGACAGAUGGUGGUCUUCUUUAUACAAGAUGGUUGAAGGUCUCGCGAUGAUGAGUAAGCUGGCGCGCAAUAGACUUCAUCAAGCAGAACUUGAGGUUGAAGAAAAAGCAAUUAACUGGGAUCGCGCUGAGAUGUAGAAGUCUUCCAGUCUGCAGCAGAUUAUGGAAUGGGACUUUUUUAAAACUUAUUUUAUUAGAUUUUACAGAUUUUUUGUCUACCCCUUAACACUAGUUGUGACAUUGAUUUUUUAUCCCGUGAGAAAGUUUUGCUGUGCCUCUUCUGAAGAUGAUGAUGAGGUUUCUUGUAAAAUUAAGGAGAAAUGUUAUUUUGAGUGCAACUACCACAGAUACAGGGAACUGGCAUUAGAGUGGCUUAUUAUUAUAAGAGAUCUCCGAGUUCUGUGCUGCAUGGCUAAAACAACUUA